GAAAAAUUAUAACGAAAAUUUCGGGCACAGCCGCCCUGAGGACUUCCCGCUUAUCCCUCUGUCAAUUGCGGUUUCAUUUCAUGUUUCGGACCCAAACAGUAACACACUUCACAUUUAUGAUUUAUUCAACACAGUCAACGAACCCUUCACAAAACGCAUCAUCAAUCUUGUUUUCCAAUUUCCUUCCGAUCUGUAACCGUCUAUUGAUUGGAUUAUAGCGUAUCGUAUGAACUCUAGCUUGCUUUCGCCAUGGAAAAUCAACAGUUAGUGGAGACAAAUGGAGCAGGUUUUCAAGCUGUUGAGAAUCUGCGAGUAGAUGAUUUGGAACUUGAUCAGGAUAAACAAUCGAAGGAGGCAAAGGCUGAGAAAAUUGAUCACGAAGACGAUAAAUUGGAUGAUAUAUCAGACCAGAUAAAUGACGGGGAAGAUGCAAGGUCUAAUACAAAAGAUGAGAGUGGGAAUUUGCAAUCUGGAACUCAACCAGAAAACUUAGAGACCAAAUCUGAAACUGAAGUCAGUACUGAUAAGCAAGAGGAUUCCGGUGAUAAGAUGGGUGCAGGUGGAGAUUUGGAGCCUAAAAAUCAAGAAACAAAUAUAGAUAAUAAUUCUGGACAGAGUGACUUGGCUAAAGAAGUGGCUGAUAGGGAAUCAACGCAGAUAUUUGAUAAGUCAGAUGAAAUUCCUAGCGAGGACCACAAUUUGGAGCCUGUAUUUGAUGGAACAGAAGUUCCAGGGAUGGAAGCUAACCGGAGUAUGUCAGGCCGUAGGUUGAAUGAUCAGGAUUCUCCAGGUGUGGUUGAGAAGGCUGUGGCUCUCAAGAAUUUUGUUAAGGAGAAGAGUGCAGUGGCAGUCUCCACCAUGAUGCGCCGCCUUUCUGGAAAAAGAGAUGAAGGUACCGAGGAUAAUGCUGAUGAUGAAGGUAAGGAUGUUUCAGACAUCCCAAAAGUCGGUGAAACCAAAGUGGUGUCUGACAAGGCAGUGGAGAAAUUUGACUGGAAUCCCUUACAUUACAUCAAGAAGUCAUCUGAUGUUGGUGUGGAAAACAAAACUGAGCAGGGGGACUCAAUAGCCAUGAAAGGAAGGAUUAUACUGUACACAAAACUAGGGUGCCAAGAAUCUAAAGCAAUUAGGCUAUUUUUGCGUAUGAAAAGGCUUAGAUAUGUUGAAAUCAACAUAGAUGUGUUCCCCGGUAGAAAGAUGGAGCUGGAAAAGAUUUCUGGAUCUGCUUCUGUACCCAAGGUUUUUUUCAAUGAAAUACUAAUUGGAGGCUGGAAUGAGCUAAAAAACCUGGAUGAGUCUGGUAAACUUGAUGAGAAGGUUGACUUUCUUAUUACUGAAGCACCAUUAUUUGAAGCCCCAUCACCACCUCUCUCUGGAGAGGAUGAUGUGUCCAGUAGUGGACCACUUGAUGAAUUGGCAAUUAUUGUCCGUAAAAUGAAAGAAUCUAUUGCUGUGAAGGAUCGGCUGUAUAAAAUGCGCAGGUUCACUAACUCUUUUCUCAGCUCAGAAGCUAUCGACUUCUUAUCAGAAGAUCAAUAUUUGGAAAGGCCAGAGGCUGUUGAGUUUGCACAAAAGCUUGCUGACAAACUUUUCUUUCAAAAUGUUCUUGAUGAGGAUAUAUUUGAAGAUGGAAAUCACUUGUAUCGGUUUUUGGAUGAUGACCCAACUGUGGUAUCACAAUGUCACAACAUUACUAGGGGCAUAAUUACCUUGAAGCUCAAGCCUUUAGCAGAAAUUGCAUCAAGAUUGAGGUUUCUGUCUCAUGCUAUGUUUGAAGCCUAUGUUUAUGAAGAUGGACGUCGUAUUGAUUAUACAAGUAUACAUGGAAGUGAGGAGUUCGCAAGGUAUCUGAGAAUAGUUGAAGAGCUUCAAAGAGUGGAAAUAUCGGAUUCGUCUAGAGAAGAGAAGCUUGCGUUCUUUAUUAAUCUUUAUAAUAUGAUGGCCAUCCAUGCAAUCUUAGUAUUGGGCCAUCCAGAUGGAGCACUGGAAAGAAGGAAAUUAUUUGGAGAGUUCAAAUAUGUUAUUGGUGGGUCAACCUACUCACUUUCAGCUAUUCAAAAUGGCAUAUUGAGGGGAAACCAACGACCACCAUAUAACCUUAAGAAGCCAUUUGGUGUAAAAGAUAAACGGUUGACGGUGGCACUUCCUUACCCUGAGCCUCUUAUUCAUUUUGCUUUGGUAUAUGGUACCCGAUCUGGGCCUGCACUUCGGUGCUACUCUCCUGGAAAUAUUGAUGAAGAGUUAUUGGAUGCAGCCCGUAAUUUUCUGAGAAAUGGAGGCAUUGCAGUUGAUUUGACUGCAAAGGCUGUAAAUGCCAGUAAGAUCCUAAAAUGGUAUAGUAUAGAUUUUGGCAAGAACGAGGUAGAGGUGAUAAAGCAUGUUUCAAACUACUUAGAUUCAGCUGACUCAGAAGUAUUGUUGGACCUACUUGCUACUUCCGAGUUGAAGGUGACAUAUCAGCCUUAUGACUGGGGCUUGAACUGCUAGCAUGGGCUACCAAAGUUCUGUAAAUAUGUCACCUAGAUUACUGAUUUUCCGUUAUACAGAUUACCACCAAAGUAAUCAAUGUCUUAUGUUAACUUUUCUGCCCAUUUCACUUGCCUGUAUAGAAUGGUACACGAGGAAGACAAAAAUAGGUCUGAGGAAAAUAUUUCUCUUAUUUCCUGAAUUCCUGUUCUAUAUGUACCGUCUUUCUACAUCUUUUGCUCUUUAUUGUUUGAUGCAACUUAUGAUGAUCCAUUACAUUUACUCUGCUUGAAGAGCUUGAACUUGUAAUGCCUUUCUCAGCCUAUUAAAGAACCGGUUAUAAGCAUUGGUCCUUGGAAAUUUUGACAUGGAUUUUGUGUAAUGGAAAGACCUAUCAAAGCAUUUAUGAACUCCAAAAAAUGGGGAAAAAAUGAAUUGUCGGAUUGGAGAUGUUCUUA